CGCAGACACUAACCGUGGAGUAGUCUGAUCGAUCUAUAGAAAUACUGUAGCCAAAAACUAGGCCAAGAGAGAGAUUGGGGUGUUCUGAGCGUAGCCGAAGACAUGGCAACUGAUGGCCACAUAACACACUUCGCUCAUCCACAGCACCUGCUUCUCAAGACCCGGUAUGACAGCACCUCGCGCCAUGUCUGCGACAUCUGCCGAGCCAAGCUCUCCGGCCUCGUCGGCUACCGCUGCAACGCCUGCGACUUCGACAUCCAUCAGGCCUGCGCCGAUUACUUCAAGAAGACCAUCUCCUUCUUCGCCCAUCCGUGGCAUACCCUCACUCUGAGCUCCAUACCCGAUGGAAGCACCACGUGGUCGUGCGACCUUUGCAGGGAGAAUUGCCCCCGGGGAAACUUCGUGUACCGCUGCAUCCAGUGCGCCUUCGACGUGCACCCUCUCUGCAUUUUGCUCCCGCAAACGAUCCGUAGCCCGCUUCACCAGCAGCAUGAUAUCCACAUGGUCCCUUCAUGGGGCCGCUGCUCCGCCUGCCGUGAAGAUUUGGACCUUUGGUACUACCAGUGUGGCUUUUGUCUGUUUAAGCUACAUAUCCGUUGCGUCUCUGGCGCGCCAAGUGGUGUCGGUCAGGGUAGCGGGCCUAGCGGAGUAAGGCCUUGUUUAGUUCAGGAAAUUUUUUUAGAUUUAGUGGAUCCUUGCACCAGCAACGCUGCCAUCCGAACUACCAGUGAUGCUCAGAGCAUUGCCAUCGUUCGGCGGAGCUGCAGCUCUGGUAUCACCAAGUUUCUCGUCAAGAAAAGCUUCAUGGUCGCGAUUAACCUAGCAACAGGCGGGCUGGCAUCGCCGGUGCUCGACGUCCUUGAAGCUGUCCUCGAUUAAUUGCCACGUCGAUGAUCACCAGGCCUGUUUGGCUCAUCUAUGUAUGUGUGUAAGAUCACCUGUCGUUUCAAUUCCGUUGAACUUUCUUCUUCUCCAAUAAUGUGUAGUAACCCAUUGUUCGAUCCACAAGCGGUAUAGGCUAAGUCAAGUCAACCGUAUAUGCCCAUCGAAUCGCACUACGCCGGACCAGGUCAUCUCUGACGGACCCAAACCCUCACCUUUGACGGGUUUGGUCUUGGUCAGUGAUUAGUGGUCACUGAUGACAAAAUCACCUGUGAUGGAUGAAACACCCGUCACAGAUAACCCAUCUCUGACCGGUAUAUAAGUCAUCUCUGACGGGUUAAAAC